CCCAAACCCAACCAAUCCCCUCCGCUCCGCCGCCCGCACCCAAUCCCCUCCGCUCCGCCACUCGCAGGCGCGGCUCGCCCUCCGCCGCCUCCGCCGCUCGCAGCUCUCCCGCUACGCUCCGGUCCUCACCCUCAGGCCGGAGCACUCAAUCUCUCGCCGGACUUCUCCUCACCCCGCCCUCCGCCGCCCCAUUACCGCUAGCUUCAACCGAGGCUGCACGAUCAGGCUGUGACCGGCGAUAACUGAUUGCGAUUUGUAGAGGCGCAUUGGCCACACGCAAUGGCUCUAACCCUCCUCCGAGGGAUGAGGACGCCGAUCUCAUUUAGAUCGAAUUCCGGCCUGCUCUUUACUGUACUACGACCUCGGUUGUCCCGCUUCACGACCAGGGCGGAGAGUGCACAGGCUACUGAGCCCAAAGCAGCGCCCAAGUCAAUUCAACUGGCGACCAAGGAGGCGGCAGAGCAGAAGACACAGGGUUUUGAAGCUGUCAUUGGAAUCGAGACCCAUGUCCAGCUCUCGACCGUCACAAAAGCAUUUUGUUCUUGCCCGUACAACUACGGCUCCCAGCCCAACAGCACAAUCUGCCCCACCUGCAUGGGCCACCCAGGGGCGCUGCCGGUUCUGAACGAGAAGGUUGUUGAGUGUGCCGUGAAGCUGGGCCUCGCUCUCAAUUGUGAGAUCUCAAUGAUAUCCAAGUUUGAUCGGAAGCAGUAUUUCUACCCGGACCUCCCCAAGGGGUACCAGAUUUCCCAGUUUGAUAUUCCCAUCGCCAAGAAGGGAUACGUCAAUUUGGAUCUUCCGGUGGAAUUUGGCGGCGGGCAUAGGAAGUUUGGGAUCACAAGGGUUCACAUGGAAGAAGAUGCUGGCAAGCUGCUUCAUUCUGAAUCCAGGAGUUAUUCUCAGGUUGACCUAAACAGGGCUGGCGUACCUUUGCUUGAAAUUGUCUCAGAGCCAGACAUGAGAACAGGGAUAGAGGCUGCUGAGUAUGGUGCUGAGCUGCAAAGGAUCGUUAGGUACCUUGGAGUGAGUAAUGGUAACAUGCAGGAAGGUUCCCUUCGUUGUGAUGUGAAUGUUUCUGUCCGACCUGUUGGACAAUCAGAAUUUGGUACAAAGGUAGAAAUAAAAAAUAUGAACUCAUUUUCGGAGAUCAAUAGGGCAAUUGAUUAUGAGAUCUCCCGGCAAAUUAUGCUCCAUAAAGAAGGCCAGGCUGAUCAAAUUGUGCAAGAAACCCGUCUAUGGGAUGAAUCUUCUCAGAAAACUUUUACAAUGCGAAAAAAGGAGGGACUUGCCGAUUACAGAUAUUUUCCUGAGCCUGAUCUUCCUGAAGUUGUUCUCAGUACUGACUAUAUUGAUGAAAUCAGCAAGUCCAUGCCGGAGCUUCCAGAAGCAAAACGCAGGCGUUAUGAGAAUAUGGGACUUAGCAUGCAAGAUGUUCUGUUCCUUGCUAAUGACGAUAAUGUUGCUCAUUUCUUUGAUUCUACUCUUGAACAUGGAGCUGAUGCAAAGCUGGCUUGCAACUGGAUCAUGGGUGACAUUGCUGCUUAUCUAAAAAAUGAAAAGCUCUCCAUUAAUGAAACUAAAUUAACACCUCUGGAGCUUUCUGAACUUAUUGAAUCCAUCAAGAACGGAACUAUCAGUGGGAAGAUUGGCAAGGAGAUACUGGUUGAGCUUAUCGCCAAAGGUGGAACAGUUAAGGGUGUGAUAGAGGAGAAAGAUUUAGUUCAGAUAGCAGAUCCAGCAGCAAUUGAGGCAAUGGUAGAUAAAGUAAUUGCUGACAAUCCAAAGCAACUUGAGCAGUACCGUGCUGGGAAAACCAAGUUGCAAGGAUUUUUUGCAGGCCAGGUUAUGAAAGCAUCGAAGGGUAAGGCCAACCCUGUUUUGUUGAAUAAAAUCCUUGGAGAGAAGUUAAAUGCCAAUUAGUUUGUUUUGACCUCACCUGGAUUAACAAGUGCGACAUUGGGUGAAAUCCCAGAACGAUAAUUUUCCAGAUAGGAAAUCUCUUAUUUGGGUCUGGAAGCUGUUACUCUGCCUCAUUAAAUUCAGAAUGUGAUUAGCUCUUUCUUUUCCUUAUGGAUUUUGUAAAUGUCCAGUUCACAAUACACAUCUUUGAACUCGACCAGCUAAUUUGAAAAGGAAGAAUAUCCAUUGUACCUUAUGCAAGCUGCAUCGCACAACUGAAGAUGAAAAUUGCAAUAUGCUUUCAAUGGAUUUUGUAGUGGUGUCA